UGUUGUCUCUGCUUCACUUGUAGAGUCUUGUAGAGUGAGUAGAGUCUGUGCAAAGGAUAACCUCCAACAUGGCUUCUAUGUGUUCCUUCAAUGCUUCUUUUUCUUCUUCUUAUUCUUCAUGUCAAAACCAUUAUCUUUCUCACCCUCUCAAAUCACCAUUGCCCUUUAUUCGCUCUUUCACCCUUCCAAGAAACACUAAGAAGAAGAGCAGUGCAAGUGUUUGGCCUCUGUUCUGUGCCCUCAACAACCAGCCGUUGCAGUACAGGAACGUAGGAGACUCCGACCUCAACAUCAGCGAAAUCACUCUUGGCACUAUGACCUUUGGGGAGCAGAACACGGAGAAAGAGGCUCACGACAUUCUUAAUUACGCGUUUGACCGUGGCAUUAACGCUCUCGAUACUGCUGAGGCUUACCCAAUUCCAAUGAAGAAAGAGACACAAGGAAGAACUGAUCUCUAUAUUGGUAGUUGGCUCAAGUCUCAACCUCGUGAUAAGAUUAUUGUGGCUACAAAAGUAUGUGGUUAUUCUGAAAGGUCGAGUUACGUGCGUGAGAAUGCAAAUGUUUUGCGAGUUGAUGCUGAAAAUAUCAGAGAAAGUGUGGAAAAAAGCCUUAAGCGCCUCGGCACUGACUAUAUUGAUUUGCUGCAAAUUCACUGGCCAGAUCGAUAUGUUGCACUAUUUGGUGAAUUUACUUAUGAUCCUUCAAAAUGGAGACCCAGUGUGCCAUUUGUUGAGCAGUUGCAAGCCUUCCAAGAACUUAUCAAUGAAGGAAAGGUACGCUACAUAGGUGUUUCAAAUGAGACUUCUUAUGGAGUGAUGGAGUUUGUCCAUGCAGCUAAAGUUGAAGGCCUUCCAAAGAUUGUCAGUAUCCAAAACAGCUAUAGCUUGCUUGUGAGAUGUCGUUUUGAAGUUGAUCUUGUGGAAGUUUGUCACCCAAAGAAUUGCAAUAUUGGCUUACUAUCCUAUUCCCCACUUGGAGGUGGAUCACUCACAGGAAAAUAUAUAGAUAUAAACUCUGAAGCUUCAAAAAGAGGAAGGUUGAACCUCUUUCCCGGUUACAUGGAAAGAUAUAACAAAUCAGUGGCAAGGGAAGCUACUAUAAAGUAUCUUGAGUUGGCGAAAAAGCAUGGUCUAACUCCUGUUCAGCUUGCACUUGGAUUUGCAAGAGAUCGUCCAUUCAUGACUAGUUCAAUUAUUGGUGCAACCUCUGUGGAGCAGCUAAAAGAGGACAUUGAUGCUUUUACAACAACUGAGAGACCCUUACCAGAAGCAGUCAUGGCAGAUAUUGAAGACAUCUUCAAGAGAUACAAAGAUCCUGCAAUUUUUUGAUCAUUAUACCCUCAAGUUCACAUUUGAUUGCCAAAUCACUACCAUUGAUUCAACCUGUUCCCCCAUUCCUCUCCUCUCUAUUCUUUUUGUCAUGAUUAAAACUAUUUAGGCAUUUCACUCAAUGUCUAAGACAAAUAUAGCCAUAUCAUGCAACUAA